AUGUCAGUAGUUUGUUAUCUUUAUUCUUCUGCUGUGGCUGAGGAGUAUGAAGAAGACAAUCCAUUGAAAGGGUUUCAAAUUGUCCUUCGACUACAGUACGAAAGAAUGGGCUCCUUGCAUAUUCUUCUUUCACACCCUCAAGACUGUCAGACACUUUUGAAGGAUCUCGAUACAUCUUUGUUUCCGGAUUAUCAAGAGGAGGUGUUCAAUAGACAAAAGCCGCUCACAGAGAUCGAAAAAGAUGAUUUUUAUAAGCGCGCUAUUGAUCACUACGUCAAAAAUCCAUCGGAGCGUGCAAAAAUGCUUGCCAAUGAACUCCGGCUGAUCGCUUACCUGACAACACAGAUUACGCCGCAAAACUCUGCGUUUCACCAGUUCUAUCUUCAAGAUGGUACAUACGGAAGAAGAUUGAGAGUCGUCUUCAACGUGCUAACGGUAGCUAAAGAACGUGUUGAACUGUGUCUCUGUUUGAGUUGUACCCCCAAGCCACGGAAUAGCGCUAUUGUCUACGAAUCGCCGAACAGAAAGGGUGUCGAACGUGACUGUUAUGAGAUUAUCACUGCUUUUAUUUACUAG